CGUGAGUGCAUCUCUAUUCAUGUUGGUCAGGCUGGCGUUCAGAUAGGAAAUGCAUGCUGGGAACUCUUCUGCCUGGAGCACGACAUUCAGCCAGAUGGCACCUUCAAGGAUCUGCAUGAUAAACUCAACUGUGAUGACUCUUUUACCACAUUUUUCAGCGAAACUGUCACUGGGAAGCAUGUGCCACGGGCUGUAAUGGUGGACUUGGAACCAACAGUAGUAGAUGAAGUGCGGGCUGGCACCUUCCGGGAACUUUUUCAUCCAGAACAGCUGAUCACUGGAAAGGAAGAUGCAGCUAAUAACUAUGCCCGUGGCCACUACACCAUUGGCAAAGAAAGCAUUGAUAUGGUGCUUGAUCGUGUCCGUAAGCUG